GGAACUACCUUUUUUCUCCCACUUUUUGGAUUCGCGGUAGUGCGUGGCUUGCAUAAGCUUGAUAGGUUUAUUUAUAGCCAGCGAAAUCAAAUGUUAACAUGAGCGUGGUCUCCUCGGCAGGCACAAGGGUUUGCUCCAUACUGCGGAAAGUGUUUUUCGUUCAAGGUUAUAUAAUGAACAUACUACAUAAAGACUUGGUUGUUCUUGCUGUGGUUACCCUCUCAAUAUGUGCAAGCACAGACGGUAUCGGCUGUCCCGAACCCGUGGUAAACAGAGCACAGAUUGAAUUUAGCGACUCACCAGGAGAAAAUGGCCUCUACCCAAGGGAUACCAUUAUUUCGGUACAGUGUAAUAUGGGUGCAUCAAUGAAAGGAAAUCGGUUUGUGAGGUGUUUGGAGACGGAUACAUGGGCUACCUUACCGACCUGCAUACGUACAACAGGAAACGUCAAAUGCCCAUUGCCACCCAAACCCUGGAACGGCCAAAUUAAACGGGUUGGACGUCGCAGUGCACAAGUCACCUGCAACCCAGGCUUUACACUGUACGGAAAAAGAAGGAUUAGAUGCGCAAUGACAGCAACCGGGGUUUCGCAAUGGCCACGCACACUGUGUCGAGCUAGGAACCGCUGCAACAACCCGGGUAACAUAACGGAUGGUGAUUGGGAACUAGUCUCAGAUGACGGAAUGAGUAACAACAUGAGUAGUCAGUUUAGUCCCAACACAAUAAUAAACGUUACAUGCACGCCUGGUUUUGCACUGGUUGGGAACCCCCUCGUCUAUUGUGGAAUGGACGGAAGAUGGAAUUCCACCAUACCAACAUGUGAAGAGAUCCGAUGUCCACCACUUGAUGAAAGUAUUCCCCACGGGGGAAGUGAAAUGAUGAACAGGACAUACAAGCAAGGAGAAAUAGUUGAUUACUUCUGUGAUACUGGCUAUCGGAUCUUCGGCAAAACAACCAGGGUGUGUGCUCUGGACUCCUCUGAGGGAACAUGGUCUCAUCUUAAUCCUGAUUGUGAAGAGAUUUUAUGCCCUGAUCCCGGUAGAAUUCAAUAUGGAGAGUCAAACUUGGAAUCAAGGAGUAUAGGAGGUACUGUGUCAUUCUUCUGCAACUCAGGAUACCAGCUAAGAGGCUCACCUGUCAGACAUUGUCUAGCUGGUGGUAAAUGGAGCGGAAAGCUCACAACAUGUGAUCAUGAAAGUUUUUACUGUCCAAAUCCUGGAGUACCGAUUGGAGGGUAUAUAGAAAACCAAGACACACCACCUUUCCAGAGAGGAGGAGUGGUGAGGUAUGCAUGUUACCAAAACCGAGCUUUGGUUGGUUCUGCAGAACGGUACUGUAAUACGUCUACAAGAAGUUGGUCAGGAGAGGAACCGGAGUGUCGAGGUCAAUUUGACUUUGAUGAAAUUAGUGACGUUGCAGAAAGGAUGGGUUAUGUUGCUGAGAGUCUUGCCAUUGAAACUUCUGAAGCUGCAAGUGUAUCUAAAGGAAGAACCUUAGAUCAAACUUAUAGCGGAGGAUACGACAUCUAUUUUGCUUUUGAUGCAUCUGGUAGCAUUGCUAAGGCUCACUUUAAAAAGGCUCUUGAUUUGGCUAAGUUACUUGUUAAAAAGAUUGGUGUAAGUAAUGCCCGCUAUGCAGCCAGUGUAUAUGCAACAAAUACGGUACACUCACUUCUUAUUUCCGAUGCCCAAGAUUCAGAAGAAGCAGUUCUAACUCAGAUUGACAGUCUUGCUGAUGCACGUGAUGGUAAUAUAGGGACAGGAACUGCAACCGGCAAAGCACUUCAAUACAUCCACACUGACAUGAUUCCUUUGUCUGAGAGGUACAAUAGCCGUAACCGUCCCAAUGCUAAAAGAGCUCUCUUUCUCUUCUCGGAUGGUCACACUAACACGGGAGCAAGUGAAGCUAUUCCUAAACAUCAAGCUAGGAUACUUCGAGAAGAUUACAAAGUUCAAAUCCACUGCAUUGGAGUGACAUAUGAAGUAGACAAAUCCGAGCUACAAGACAUAGCAUCAAAGCCACUCAGUGAACACUUGUUUCUAAUUGCAAACUACAACGAGCUCAAUCUGCUAGUCCAGACUAUAACAGAGCAAAAACUUGAUUAUUCUGAAUGUGGUUACAAUGGUGGUCCAACAAACGCAGUACAAUCCAAGGGAAGAAUAUCAGGUGGAGAUAAUGCACCAUUAUAUCAAUGGCCCUGGCAAGUUGCCAUCUACAAAGAAGAAUUCGGUCAGAAAAAAUUCUUCUGUGGUGGCACCAUCAUUGCUCCAAAUUGGGUUCUUACUGCAGCUCAUUGCCUGGAAGGCAAGUCUUGGCAUAGCAUAAGGGUGUAUACAGGUGUCAAUGACAGGAGUUCAAUCCGAGCUGAUAAUCCAGGAUAUGAAGUUGAUGGUGAAGACUCUUAUAAAGUGCAUGAAAAUUUCCAACCAACAUCUUUAGCUAAUGAUAUAGCGCUUCUGAGAUUGAGGGGAAAUUCUACACUCGGCCCAAAAGUAAGGACUAUCUGUGUGCCACAAGCAGAUAUGACAGAGGAAUCCCUAUACACACCGCGUGGUGUAGAUCCAUAUGUGACAGGCUGGGGUGUGACAGAACCAUAUGACAUAUCUCUUAUAAAAGACUCUGACAAGUGUGACUACAGCCAUGACGAAACUUCCACAAAUCGCCUCCAACAACUUCAAAUUCCUGUAGUCACCAAUGAAGAAUGUAAAAGAAGUUUGAGAGAUAAAGCUUAUCCUUGUAGUAGUGAAUUGGAUUUCAAAGAAAAUGUAUCAUUUUGUGCUGGCUAUUUACAGGGUGGCCAGGAUGCAUGCGAAGGGGACUCUGGGGGACCAGUCGUGAGGGAACUUUUAAUGAGUGACGGGACUAAACGAUGGGUACAAAUAGGUAUUGUUAGCUGGGGUGAAGGAUGUGCACAGGAAGGCAGAUAUGGAUUUUACACAAAGCUUUCCAAAUACAUUAACUGGAUCCACCAACAUGUUGGAAAUUCCAUUUGAUAUAAACAACUGAACUUGAACAUACACAUUACCCCCUCCCCCUCCCCAUUGACUUGAGGUAUUACUGCUUGAUUAUUGCACUUUCAUGAAUGGGGUAACACCACAUGAGACGGGAGAAGCUGACAUCUUAAUACAAUACCAGUACUCUAUCAAUCAAAAUGUGAAUUUCUGAAACAAGUUGUUCAUAGUUUAAUUGUAUGUAAACAUCACCCUUCGAGCUAUGUAUUAUUAAUAAAGUUAGUGUGGUUGAUCAUGCAAUUUCAACAUCACAGUGGCCAGCAUGGCAGUUCUAAAAAAUUACAUCGACAUAUUAUUAAUUUCUAUGACGUUUUAUAAAUGUCUGUAAAUGUACCAGGUCAAAACAAAGUGGAGGAGCUUAAUGGAUCAGUCUGUUUAAUGAAAUCAUUUGUUUUUAAGUUGUGUGGAUUAUGAGUCCAAGGCCCUCUAUGACAGUGGUCAAGUUGUUAGACUGCAGGAUUUGCAAUUACAAGGUUGUGGGUUCAAAUCCCCAGCUAACUGCUGAUUUAACAAUGUCUAGAAAAAAUAGUUGUCGUCUAGUUGCUGAAUCACAAUUUCUUGAUUUGUGCAAUUCAUAAAUGUUAAAUUUGCAUCAGGGAUAAGAAAAUUAAUUUCAUU